CUACACCUACAGCCAGGCUGUUGCUGAGCUCCCAGGAGAGAGAUGAGCUAGAGGAGAAAGAAGCAGCAAGAAGCAGCCAAGAGUUGAAUCAGACCAGGAGCCCGACCCAGAGUUGGAGUCUAAGUUGCUUUUGCUAAAGCAGCAGCAACUAAAGAAUUUGAAAAUAUGCUGGCUAUCUUGGGACUGCUCACCUCCGUCUUUUCUUUGCUGUAUGUGACAGCUCCAUCCAUCAGGAAGUUCUUUGCUGGUGGGGUUUGCAGAACAACUGUGCAGGUUCCCGGGAAGGUAGUGGUGAUCACCGGCGCCAACACGGGCAUCGGCAAGGAGACAGCCAGAGAGCUCGCUCGCAGAGGAGCCCGAGUAUACAUUGCCUGCCGAGAUGUACUGAAGGGGGAGUCUGCUGCCAGUGAAAUUCGAGCUGAUACAAAGAACUCCCAGGUGCUGGUGCGGAAACUGGACCUAUCCGAUACCAGAUCCAUCCGAGCCUUUGCUGAGGGCUUUCUGGCAGAGGAAAAGCAGCUCCAUAUUCUGAUCAACAAUGCAGGAGUGAUGAUGUUUUCACAUUCCAAAACAACUGAUGGCUUUGAAAUCAACCUGGGGGUCAACCACCUGGGCCACUUCCUUCUCACCUACUUGCUCCUGGAGCGGCUGAAGGAGUCUGCUCCUGCACGGGUGGUGAACUUGUCAUCAGUGAUCCACCACCUUGGCAAGAUUCACUUCCACAACUUCCGCGGUGAGGAGCCCUACAGAUGGGGUUUUGCUUAUUGCCACAGCAAACUGGCCAAUUUGCUUUUCACUCGCGAGCUGGCCAAGAGGAUCCAAGGCACGGGGGUCACCACCUAUGCUGUGCACCCAGGCAUCGUCCGCUCUGAGCUGGCCCGGCACUCCUUCCUAUGUUGCCUAUUUUGGCGGCUCUUCUCCUACUUUUUAAAAUCGGUGCAGGAAGGGGCACAGACCAGCCUGCACUGUGCGCUGGCUGAAGGCCUGGAGCCCCUAAGCGGCAAGUACUUCAGGGGAACUUACAUUAGAAACUUGGCAAAAGUUGCUUUUUUAUACCUGCGCGCCAGUUUUCCAGUGACUGCAAGAGGACCUGGGUGUCUCCAAGGGCCCGAGAUAACAAAACAGCUCAGCGCUUGUGGAAUGUCAGCUGUGAGCUUCUAGGAAUCCAAUGGGAGUAGAGCUACCGGAAGAGCCACGGCUUUAUCAGGCACAAUCCACACCAUAAUGAACGGAAGCCAAGGAGAACCCACCCUGAAGGAUUGUUCUCCUGGCUGGCUGCUGUUGCAAAUCCUGCCGUGCUCUGGUCUUCCUGACCCUUCUGGAAACCUUUUCACAUCCAACCCUCUUGUGAGGCUGGCUCAUGGCAUGAGACAUUCACACUUACAAAGCAUUCUUCUCCAAGACUUGCAAAGUUGGCCACCAUCUAGGGGCAGGACGACUGGGAAGAUGCCAGUCUGGGCAUGGGGCUGGCAGAAGAGCCUGGGAAAUUGGAUUAAUUCCCUCACCAAUACCAGAAAUGUCAGCCAGCAUUCUCAGCUGAGGUGACAAGAGCAUCAGUGUUACAGAUUUUCAGGAACUAUAGACUCAAGCUGUUGACGGAUCUCUUUCCUCUUUGGAUUGCUAGUUGUUGCACUGAAGUCUGGACCAACUCAGGCAAAUCUUGGCUUAACCUUGACCAAAUUUGGUUCCUUCCUCUGAGCAUUCUGGAGUCACUGCAUGAAGCUGGACCUUCCCAUUUUCUUUUUCUAAUUCUUUUUAAAAAUUAAAAAUAUUUUUUCUAGCUUUAAUGAGAUAUAAUUGACAUAUGACUAUGUAAAUUUAGACCGUCUCAUUUUCAAUCAUGUAGAUGGUUUCUUUUUCUAAAGGGUUCCCUUUACCUCACUUUUCAGAGAAAAUAAAAACUACACAUUCAUCUUACUGCCUUUUUUAUUUUCUCAGGGUAGCAAAGGAGAGAUGGAACAAAGUGGGGAAUCCAACCUCCCAGUUUUGUGAGUAGUAUCUUAUCCUACCCACCCACCCAUAACCUUCUUACAAUGUCACAUCUGGGUGCAAAAUGAGACGAUUCAGUUGAGUAUUUUUUCAAGUUUCUCCCAGCUCUCACAUUUUAUUAUUUAAGAAGUGAUAGGAGUGACUUAAAUUACACAGAUGUUGAGCUCCACUAUAGAUUAAAUCCAGACGUAGUAUAAGACUCCAUUUAAUUUGAUAUAAAGAUGCAGAAAGACCAAGCCUUGAAACAACCUUCUACCUAAAAUCCUAGCUCUUCUCUUUUCUGGCCUCCCUGCUCUCCUGUGCUGAAACCCCAGGUGACCUUCUUCUUGCCUCAAGAACAGGUCACCAGGAAGAGGCAGGGAGAUGUGCCUAAUCUUUCAGCCAAUUGACCCAAGAAGUCAUGCUAUUGUUUCCAGUUCUAAAGCAUCCAAAGGGCAUCCAGUGAUAAAAAUGCCCUUUCCUUCCACAGCAAGUAGACUUUAAAAAAGAACCUUGUUAUUAUGGAAAUCUCCAAACAGACAAAAGUAGAGUAAAUACUACUGUGAAUCCUCAUGUACUUACCUGUCACCCAGCUUCAAUAUUGUUAUCAUUUGGUUAAUAGUGUUUCUUCUAUUUCCCCCAUGACACUCUUUUGGGGGUGGGCUGGGAUAUUUUAAGGGACAUUCCAGACGUCAUACAUUCACCUGUAAACACUGUAAUGUGUGCCUCUAAAUAAAAACUUUUGUUUUUUUACAAACCCACAAUACCAUUAUCACUCCUAACAACAUUAAUAAUUCCUGAAUGUCAUUUAAUACUUGGGGUUUGCUUCCCUGUGUUAAAGAACAAAGAGUCAACUGAGUAAAUUUAAAAAUCUAAUGGGUUUUAUCAAACAAUUCAUAAAUUGGGUGGCAUCACAUCCAGCAAAGGGGCUCUAAGGAGUUGUACAAAAUGGAAGGUUUUUAUAGGCAGAAAGAGGGUGGGAUAAAGAAGUUAAAAGAGUGGAUUAUUUCAGGCAAGGUCACCUUCCCUUAAGGGAAAGCAAAACGUCUUAUCAGGCAGAUUACCUCACUAGUGUUGUUCAGAAAAAUUCCAGACUGAUUGGCUUAAAAUUCCACUUCUGGGAGAGGCUCAAACUGCAAUUAGCUUAGGUAUUAAGUCUUGGUGGCGCUUAGCAUGAGUGACUCCAUUUUAGACUUGAUUCUUUUUAACAAUUUUCCCCUUUUGAUCAAACUCUCAGCCUAACUGAGAGAUGUGAUCAAAAUUUAAGGCAUGGCGUCACUCACAGCUUUGCUCUGUAGUUCUCACAGCUUUCACCGAGCCUGAGUUUUUUCUUGCUGAAUCUCUGUGGUAUUCACAGGUCAAAACUUCAGGCUCACAAUUUUUUAGGCAGUCUUUCUCUUUGUUCCUUUUUUGACGUUCCAGUCUUAGGGAGUUCAUUUGCUUAGUGGUUAGCAACUGCAAACAUGCAAUUAAAACUUUUGAGAGAAUGUAAUGCACCAGGGAGAUUAUUAUGAUAACUAUAAGCAGGACAAUUCCUAAUGUUUGAAGUGCACUUUGGAACCAUGCUCCCCAACUCCCCAACCAAUCAAAGAAAGACCCUGUUGAAGGAUCACUCUUUUAAGCCAAGUGACUUGCUCAGUGAUCUUAUGUACUCAGUUUCAGCUCCCUUAGAAGUGUUAACCCAGGUAUGGCAGGCAGCUUGGCUAUAGCACAAACACUUCCUUGCUUAGCUAAAAGAUAAUCCUGUUAUCAAGAACAACUUUGGACAGAGAGUCUAAGGAUCUUUACCGGACAGCUAAUGUCUUAGCAAUGGAAUCUGCAACGUCUCCAAGAAUUAAGGAGGGUUUCUGAUCAUUUUAUCUUUUGUAUUUAUGCCUAAGCUAGGGCACAGUCAGGAUUGUAGUGCAUAUGGGAAGAGAAUCUCCUAGCCUGAAAUGGAAAGUGGUCCUAAAUGCCUUAUGAAGGUGGGUGCUGCUGGUGAGAUCGCAAUGAGUGGGGGAAAAUCUGAUCUAGAUAAGCAUGGGGAUGCAAAUGUACUAAGAUUCGUGUAGUUAAAUGUAUCUAAUUGGGUACAUACAGCUAUAAUUGGCACAGGUUGUUCUGGCCAUAAAAGUUGAACUUUGUAAAAGACUCUUAAGGGAGGUUGAUUGUAGUUUUCGGUGACAUUGGAAAUAAAAGAGAAAUUGGUCACUGGGAGAACCAGGGGAUCUCUUGCAUCAUGACAAAUCCAGCAAUCUGAAAGUUUGCCCCCCUUAACAAUGGCCUGAGAGAUACAGAGGAAGGUGUUCUCUUUCCAGGCCAGUGCCAGAGUAAAGGAAAGAAAAGAAGAGAGGGUUUCCUGUUUAGUUAAAGCAUGAAGUCUUGAUCUAGUAUCUUGGGAGGAAGCGGUCUACAUUUAUGUCAGCUGCUUCUCUUCCUCGUCAAUUUUAUUUGUAGGUCUCCAGCGUCUAUAAAGGACCAGAUAUCAGGUGAAGCUUUCUUUAGUUCUGAGAUGUGUACCCAAGGUUCAAGUUCCUGAAGUUUGGCUGCCAUCUGUGUAAUGAGGAGGACCUGAUAUAGUCCCUUGCAAGGAGAUUCAAGAGCAGUAUUGGUUCUUAGUGACUUGCCAAAAGUCCUUUCUGUGAAUCUCCUUGAAGAUGAAGUACGUUUGCAGGACUGCUUUUGUAAAUGCAUCAGAGUAAAACAAUAACUGUCUGUGAAAAGAGUUAAAGAUGCUCAUUCUUAAAGAUCUGAUGAGAGUUCACUAUAAUGGAAUUGACAAGGAAAUUUGGUUGUUUCUGUAACAUGUAACAUUUUAAGAUAAUAGCUAGAAUUAUGGCUGG